AUGUUGGUGGUGGUGGUCGUGCUGCUGGUGCUGCUACUGGUGAUGAUGCAGCUGCUGCUGGUGAUGAUGCAGCUGCUUCUGAUGACAGUGGAGGUGUUGAGAUCCUUCGAGGUGGUGGUGGUGUUGAGAUCCUUUGAGGCGGUGAUGGUGUUGAGAUCCUUCGAGGUGGUGGUGGUGGUGUUGAGAUCCUUCGAGGUGGUGGUGGUGUUGAGAUCCUUCGAGGUGGUGGAGGUGCUAUUCUCUCCUCUGCCCGUGGUGCACGUGUAUGCCAUCAGUGUGGGAGACUCCAAGAUGGCCGACAGCAGGCGCACUGUCGCCACAUACUCGUGUCCUGUCUAUAAGAAGCCACGGCGCACAGAUCUAAACUACAUCUUCUUUGUGAGUCUGAGGACCAAUCAGAGUGCAGAACACUGGACUCUGAGGGGGACGGCCCUGCUCUGUGACUGCAAGUGA